AUCUCUGUCAAGGGGGUGCCUGUGCUGAAGGAGCAGAACAUCCGCAGCGCCAUUGAGAUCUCCCCCUUCCGAGGCCACCCCUGCACCCGAAAACCCAAUCCCUGCCAGAACGGAGGCACUUGCAGCCCCCGGCUGGAGAGCUAUGAGUGUACCUGCCAGAGGGGCUUCUCUGGGGCUCACUGCGAGAAAGUGAUCAUUGAGAAGGCUGCUGGAGAUGCAGAGGCCAUUGCUUUUGAUGGUAGGACAUAUAUGGAGUACCACAAUGCCGUGACAAAGAGCGAGAAGGCCUUGCAAUCGAACCACUUUGAACUAAGCAUCAAAACAGAAGCCACUCAGGGGCUGAUCCUGUGGAGUGGGAAAGGGCUGGAGCGAUCAGACUACAUUGCCCUCGCCAUAGUGGAUGGCUUCGUACAAAUGACCUACGAUCUCGGCUCCAAGCCAGUCGUCCUACGAUCCACGGUCCCAGUCAACACCAACCGGUGGAUCCACAUCAAAGCGUACAGGGUACAGAGAGAAGGCUCCCUUCAAGUCGGCAACGAAGCCCCCAUCGCUGGCUCUUCUCCGCUUGGUGCAACACAGCUAGAUACCGAUGGGGCCCUGUGGCUGGGGAAGUCGGUGCGGAAAGGCUGA